AGGUUAUUAGGUUAUGAAAGGUUUGUAAGUUGUUAGCCGUCUGUAAAUUUCUAGAAACUAUCAGAUUUAAGGAGUGGAUUAGAAUUUAAAGCAAUCAACAAUGGUAGAUUACAGCAAAUGGAAAAACAUCGAGAUAUCCGACGAUGAAGACGAGACUCACCCAAACAUCGAUACUCCUUCGCUGUUCCGUUGGAGACACCAAGCGAGAGUGCAGCGCAUGGAAGAAAGACAACAGCACACCGAAGCGCUGGAGAAACGCAAAGCCGACUACUUGAAAAAAUCCACAGAAUUGAAGGAAAAGUUGCAGCAAGCGGAAAAGACCAAUACGAGCAACGUAAACGAACUCAAAGCCGCGUUACAAAAGCUCGAAAUCGAAGAGAACGAGCUCAAAAAGGAAGAAGACGACUUGAAGAAGCAAGAGAAGCUCGCGCCGUGGAAUGUGGACACCAUCAGCAAGCCCGGUUUCGCCAAAACAAUUAUAAACAAGAAGCCGGCUCGCCCGAAAGACGAGCACCUAACGGAGGCCGAGAAGGAAGCGAGGUUGCGAAAUUUCGUCAAAGAGCACGAGAAGGACCUCAAGCAUUUCGGGAUGCUCAGAAAAUACGACGAUUCCCGAGCGUUCUUGAAGUCCCACAAUCAGCUCGUCUGCGAAGACACGGCUAAUUAUUUAGUCGUCUGGUGCAUCAAUCUGGAAAUGGAAGAGAAACACGAACUGAUGGCGCACGUGGCUCACCAGACCAUCUGCAUGCAGUACAUCCUGGAACUGGCCAAGCAAUUGGACUACGAUCCUAGGGCUUGCGUGGACGCUUUCUUCGCCAAAAUCCAAGUAGCAGAAAUCGAAUACAAACAAUCGUUCGAAGACGAACUCAAGCAAUUUAAAGAAAGAAUAAAGAAGAGAGCAGCAGAAAAAAUAGAAGAAGCUAUAAAGGAAGCUGAAGAAGAGGAGAAACAGAAGCGAUUGGGCCCGGGAGGGUUGGAUCCCGUCGAUGUGUUUGAGAGUCUUCCGGAUGAACUGAAGAAAUGCUUCGAAACGCAGGAUAUCCAGCUGCUCCAGGACACUAUUGCCAAAAUGGACGAGGAGCAGGCAAAGUAUCACAUGAAGCGUUGCGUUGAUUCGGGGCUGUGGGUGCCAGAAGGGGGCAAAAAGAAGGAGGAAGCUGAAGCGUCCGAGCCAGCGGAGAAUGCAGCCACUUCGAGCACUUCUGAUUCCUAAAUGAAGAUACAUAAAUUGUUAUUCGUCUCUUUUACAUUGCUUAAAUUAUAUAAUAAAAUUUCAAUUAGUAUUGA